UAGCAUAGGUAGAUAAUCAAUAUAGGGGCUUCCAACCUAAGAUCUUAUGAGUACCAAGUUACCUAGCUUCAAUAUCGCGUAACCAAACUACAUACUUGUUUAACCCUCUCUACUAGAUCUAACAUCUUUUUAAGCAAAAUGAAAUCGUAUGAAAAUAGUUUUGAUCCAGCUUCCUACAGGGAGAAGUUGAAACAUGUUCAAGAUAUUACACCCAUCGACGAGCCCCUUAUCUCAUGGGCCGGUCGCCGAGGAAGAUCACCACGCGAGUACCUAAAGCCCCCUGUGGUACCAUAUGGCCGCGCAGUUGCAGAAUGGCAAGAUGCCCUUUCGGGUAGACAAGCAGCAGAUGGCCCACCACCUUUCCGAACCACCCCAGAGAUCCCCCCUAUUCGCCCGGACGCACCCACCAUCGUCCUGAUCUUCUACCCCCGCCCCGACGAAGGCGAUGCGCGACCAAUCCACCAGAGCGCCUCCUACCUUCAGCGCAUCGAGCGCAUAGCGCAGAUGAACGAGCAGACGAUCCUCUACGUGCCGCCGACCCUCACCGCCACCAUCCGCGCCAUGCGGCCCGACGACCCGCACUGGUACAUCGUGGACUCCUACGCGACUGUCUGGGACAUACCCACCAACGCGUACCAGCGCGCCAACUUCGCCACCACGCAGCCGCGGCUCUUCGAGCAGUUCGACGGCUACAGCGAGGCCGACGGCGAGCUGCGGCCCGUGGCGCGGUACAACCGCGCGCACCACAGCGCCGUGUGCAACGCGAAGGCGUUCGUCAUGUACGACGCCAUCGUGCGCAACCCCUUCGCGUGCGACCGCUGGAUGUACGUCGACGCCGGGUUCCUGUUCGACGACGGGCCCGCGGACGCCUCGGGCGUGGUCUGGGGCGACCUCGUCAAGAGCGGGCUGGACUCCGCCAAGAUCGACCGCGCGGUCAGCGUGUCGCGGGACACGGGGGUCGUGAUGGGGGAGUACUCGCAGCGCGACGGACACCCGGACAUCGACGACGCGGAGUGCUGGGGGGACCCCAGGCGGGCCUGGCGCAGCCGGCAGUUCAUCGCGAACGUGUACGUGGGCAGCUCGCUGGGCAUGCUGAACUACAGCGCGCGCUUCAUGCAGACGGUCGACGACAUGGACGCGCAGGGCUUGUACACGGGGCGCGAGGAGUUCGUCGUCGCGUUUGUCGUGCUGCGCUACCCGAACUCCCUCUUCUCCAUCCCCUGGUUCCCGCUGCCGAAACGCUUGGACUAUCGCUGGCAGUUUCCGGGCAAGCUGGUGUUUUCGAAGGUGGGCGGCAGCGAGUCGGUGCCCCCGAUCGUGGACCCGAUUAAGACGUUGUAUGUAAGCGAGUAUACGCCGAAGAGGAAGGGGCUCCCGGCGGGGGGGAUUCUAUAAUGAUAGGACGUAAAAGAAGUUCACAAGGAGAUGAAUGAGUGGGGGUCACGAAACAAUAGGGGUACGAAGAGUUGACUGCGAGAACUUUUUGGACCAUUUAUCUACGUAACUUACUGUACGUAGUAUUGCCACUUUCUCAACGUCAGAGAACGACCAGUUUCCCUUUUUCCCUUGCUCGAGCCCAUGUGCUCAGCGAUAAAAAUAUAUCGUAGACAGAAGAGUAGUAGAUACUACCUCUACCUAAAUCAGCAGCUUCUUACGUGAUCUUAUACCCAGUUUUCUGUUACUAGGUUCAUUGAUAAUGACUUUAAAGUAAAAAUAACAUUAUUAAUAAUACUGUUAUAAAAAUACUAAGCUGGGCGAGAUGAGUGUCGUGAUGGCGCGUUUCAACACUAUUCCCACGGGCUUAAAAAGGCUU